AGGAUGUCCGAAGAAGAUGACUUCUACAUCUAUGAAAACAUCUCCUCCGUGAAGACCUGGGAUGGUCCCCAGUAUCACAUCGCGCCCAUGUGGGCCUUCCACUUCCAAACCAUCUUCAUGGGCCUUGUCUUCUUCGCCGGGACGCCCCUCAACGCCAUCAUCCUCUUUGUCACCAUCAAGUACAAGAAGUUGAGGCAGCCGCUCAACUACAUCUUGGUCAACAUCUCCUUCGCCGGACUUAUCUUCUGUGUCUUUGCGGUUUUCGUGGUCUUCUUGUCCAGCUCCCAAGGUUAUUUCUUCUUUGGACGUCAAGUCUGCAAGUUGGAGGCCUUCCUAGGCACAGUGGCAG